GCAUCCCUGAGGACCGAGGCCCGGGUGGUGUGAGGCCCUUGAGCGGCCUUUGUGGCCCAAUACUGUUGCCUGCCUCUCCCAGCCUUGCUUUUCUGUAGGUUCUUGUUGGCUGCAGAUUUGCUUCCAGACCGUGCAGAGGGUCAUGAGGGGUGUCUCUGCUCAGUUCCCAUCUACGUGGUCUCCAGGAUUCUGUGACUCUUUCCCCACUACUCUCCCCACCCCUCCAUCCUAGAUCCCUGGACGGUGAUCACCUAAGGUCGGGGGCCUGAGUCCAGACCGGGAAUUUAACAGAUUGGUUCCCAUUCCUGGCAACCAGUGGCAUUAGGUUUAUAAGGCAUCACAUUCACAGUGAGAAACAUUGGAAAAUGCUAGAGGUGAGGCUGGGCCAUGAAUGCUCAUGCAACUUUAGGUCUCUGUUGUGUGUGGUGGAAACAGCAGGAAAUAGAAAUUGGAGCUGGAGUAGUGGCCAGGAGCAGACGUGGGGAGGUGGCAGCCACAAUAGUCAGGUGAGUGUUGGUGGCGGCUGCAGAGGCGGGAGAUAUAUUGGAAUCUGUGUCUGCUUAUCAGUAGGUCUGAGCAGACUUUGUGACGUGGAGGGUGGGAGGAAGAAGUACAAGAGUCCGUGGUGGCUCCGAGAUGUUUGGUCUUAGCAGCUGGAAGCGGGCACGUAGCACCAGGGCCGACUCGGUGGUAAGAGUCAUUUUCAGCGGGAAUACCAGGAGUCGGGUUUGGGCUGUGUCGAAUGAGAUGCCUCAGGGACCCUCAAGUGGAUGUGUCGAGGGGGCGCCCAGACACACAAGUCUGGAGCUGAGGUGAAGCGCUCAGAUUGGAGACGCCCAUGGUACGGACGGUGCGUGGAUCAGAAUGGAGCCGUGGAUCAGAUUUGGCAGGAGCAUCUUCAGGCCCUGGUGGCGAUGCCAUAUGCUCCGGGCUCCCCAGGCUCCUGUUCUGACCUUUGCUGGGACCAGGAGAUUAGCUCAAGAUCACAUGGGGUCUUCGGGGAGAAUUGGCCAGCCUCGUGUGAGAGACGGGUUGGCUUCGGCUCACAGAAGUGUCAGAGGAAACUGAGACGGGGCUGUGUGACCUUUGAGGACGUGGCUGUCCGCUUCUCCUGGGAAGAGUGGGGUCUCCUUGAUGAAGCCCAGAGACUCCUGUACCGUGAUGUGAUGCUGGAGAACUUUGCACUGAUGGCCUCUCUGGGACUUGCGUCUUCCAGGAGUCAUGAAAUUACCCAGUUGGAGUGGUGGAGACAGCCCUCCUUGCCUCCCCGUGGAGUCAUGACUGCAGCCAUGCCAAGAGGUCUGCGGCGUAGAGCAGAGGUCGAGGAAGCGCCUUCUGGGCAGAGUGUUUAUGUAGAAGGAGUGUUCAGAGCAAAACUUCAACAGCAGAAGCUGCACUGUGGAGAGAGAUCUUUAAGGAGAGAAGAGGGCGAGGAGGGUGGGAAGGACUUUCCAGUUAGUGCUGGUUUUCUUAACCAUCAGGUGACCCACAGUGGAGGGAAGCCACAUAGGAGCACCGAAGGUGGGGAGGCCUUCCAGCCUGGAAAAAGGCAUUACGAAUGCAGUGAAUGUGGGAAAGCCUUUGGUCAGAAAUACUUACUUGUUCAGCACCAGAGACUACAUACUGGAGAAAAGCCUUAUGAGUGCAGUGAAUGCGGGAAGUUAUUUAGCCAUAAAUCAAACCUUUUUAUACACCAAAUAGUUCACACUGGAGAAAGGCCUUACGGGUGUAGGGAGUGUGGAAAAUCCUUUAGCCGCAAUGCCGACCUCAUUCAACACCAGAGAGUCCACACUGGAGAAAAGCCUUUUACAUGCAGUGAAUGUGGAAAAGCUUUCAGGCAUAAUUCCACGCUGGUUCAGCAUCACAGGAUCCACACUGGAGUGAGGCCUUAUGAGUGCAGCCAAUGCGGGAAAUUCUUUAGCUUUAACUCAAGCCUCAUGAAACACCAGAGAGUUCACACUGGAGAAAGACCUUAUAAGUGCAGUGAAUGUGGGAAAUUCUAUAGCCACAAGUCAAGCCUUAUUAAUCACUGGAGGGUUCACACUGGAGAAAGGCCUUACGAGUGCAGCGAAUGUGGGAAAUUUUUUAGCCAAAGCUCUAGCCUCAUGCAACAUCGAAAAGUUCACACUGGAGAAAAGCCUUUUAAGUGCAACGAAUGUGGGAGAUUCUUCAGUGAGAAUUCCAGCCUCGUUAAACACCAGAGGGUUCACACUGGAGUGAGACCUUAUGAGUGCAGGGAAUGUGGGAAGUUUUUUCGCCACAGCUCCAGCCUUGUUAAACACCGGAGGAUUCACACUGGAGAAAUGCCUUAUGAGUGCAGUAAUUGUGGGAAAUCCUUUAGCCAGCGUUUCAACCUCAUUCAACACCAGAAAGUUCACAGUGGAGAAAGGUCUUGAAUGCAACUAAUGUGGAAAAGCCUUUUACCAAAGGUCUGCUCUGAUUCAGCAGUGGAAGCUUCAGUCCAGAUAGGCUGAUGAAUACAGUCAAUGUGAAGAGUCUUUUGGCUUCAGCCACAGACUUAACCUUGUUGGGCAUCAGAAUGUUCACACUGGAGAGAAGCUUUAGGAGUGCAGUGCACGUGUGGUCUCACGGGCAUCCUAACUUCAGACAGAGGAGCUCUGCACAUAGCCUUCGUGAGGGAGCCGCAGUGGACCAUCACUCAUCCAGCUAUGCUGACAUACUGCCUCCUGAGAAGGUCGGCCUCUGCCUCGGAGCUCCAGGAAGAGGGAGUCCCGUGUUCCUGGAUGUAUCCAUUUGGAGCAGAGUUUCUACCUCUGUCACUGGAAUGGGGAGAGGUAAUGGUCUUGGUUCAGAUGUGACUGGCUCUUGCUGCUCUUACUGAAUAUUAGGUGUUCUUGAGGAAAUGUUUUCUUGUUUGCCGUAUACCUUUAGGACCAUUUCCAGAGACUUUAAGUUGUGUUUUUAUAAUUUUCCCCAAUUUUAAUAAGCAGGCCCACAAAGUUCCUCACACUGUCAUGCAGGAAGUUGAUCUAUUUAACUGUGUAAGAACUUGCCAAGUUGUGUCCUAGAUAGCUGUGACAUUUCAUAUUUCCUCCUAGAGUAUAUUCGAUUUCCAGUUUCUUCACAUUGCUGACCUUUGUAUGUAAGACACAGGCCCUUUAUUCAUUUCAGCCACUCUAGUAGGUGUGUGGUUUUACCUUGCAUCUCCAUAGUGAGUCAGUGUUGAGCAUUAUUCUCUGUGUUUAUCUGCCACCGAUGUAUCUUCCUUAGGGAAUUGUCUGUGGUUUUUUGCCUACUUUUAGAAAAAUUGGUUGGUUUCUUACUAUUUUGUGAUUUGAUAUAUUCUACAUAGAUAGAAGUUCCUUAUUUGGUGUAUCUUUACCAGUGUUCUCUCACAGUCUGUGCCUUUGAUUUUCAUUUCUUAACAGUCUCUUCCCUAGGGCAGAAUUUAUUAAUUUUCAUGAAGUUCAAUUUAUUUGUUAGUGACUGCACAUUUGGUAUUCUCUUCUUUUUCUUUUAUGGUACUAUAUCUUGUCUGUAAAUAAAAGUCUUUCUGCGUA